AACCGAUCGUUCAGUAUGUCUCCGCUCGCUGCCGACACCGCUGCCGAAUCAGUAGUUUCCGAGGCCGUGAUAACUUCACCGUCGGCGCCGCCCGCACACCCUCGCGCUGACAUUCGCCACGAGGAUGACGAGAUGGCGGUGACCAGUGGAUCGCGAGACGAGAAGAACAAGAAGAAUCGGCGGAAGAAGAAGACGAGGACAGUGUUCACGCGGAGUCAAGUAUUCCAACUAGAAUCAACCUUCGAUAUGAAGAGAUAUCUGUCCAGCUCGGAGCGAGCGGGACUGGCGGCUUGUCUCCACCUUACGGAGACGCAGGUGAAGAUUUGGUUCCAGAAUCGGAGGAACAAGUGGAAGAGGCAACUGGCCGCCGAGCUCGAGGCCGCCAACAUGGCACGAGCCGCGGUAGCAGCCCAGAGAGUCGUUCGUGUGCCGAUCCUGUAUCACGAUAACGGCACCUCCGCCAACGGCUCCCAUUCUCCCGACACAACCACCCUACCACCGGCAAGCCUGGCCACCUGCACCUCCUUGUAUUUCCAUCCCCCCUACAACUACAGUCAAGCAACCAUGCGCCCCCUGCCAUCCUUGGUGUGAGUUAUGAGUUUAAGUCUUGAUAGAUGUAAUAAAUAAGUCCGCGAGAAAGAAAACAGAGGGACAAAGAUAAGUGAAUAAGAAAGUGAAAACUAGAAGUUAAAAAUGACACUUAAUGAUGACGUCAUUAUAAAAGUUUUAGAACUAGUCGUGUACGUUGAUUGGUGGAAGAUUAUAUGAUGUGCUGUUCGACAGACUGAUAACUGUUCCGUUUUAAAUUAACAAGA